UUCUGUGACAUCAUAAUCCACUGUAUGGCACUACCAUGACAACAUACUGUAAUUCCAACAGUCCAAUCAAACAUUCUGAACCUCAUAACUCAUCUUUCUUUCUAGAGAGUGGUUGAUUUGGACAUUUUCUCUAAGUUUACUCCUUGUACAGUAUUUACAAUGGCUUUGAAGUGUAGUACUGUUGUUUUGUUGGUGGCUCUUUACAUGGUGGCAUUACACGCUGGACUCCCUGACAGGCUCCCAGAUGGCGAGGUGUUUCGGGACACCCUGUUACCCCCCAUGAUCCCUAAGGAGUGGUCCGCCACCCCUCGACUCCAGACCGACACUUACACCGUUCUAAAUAUCCUGUACAAACGACACUUUACAACUGAAGAGAACAUGAUCACCACCAAGACCGGACAGACUUUGACCCAGACAACCCAAGAUGAUGCUAUACCUAGCUUUGAAUUCCUGCGGACCCUUGUGGCUGACCUCCAGACUUUGGAGAAUGCUGGAGUGAGUGAGAUUGUAUGGAGGAGGCUGGUUCGAUUGAUUAAUGAGACUGAAGACCAAAAGCUGGAGACAGCAGGUUCUGUGAUGUUGGGUCUCUCCUGUGUCUUGGGAGGACUGGGCCUGCUACUGAAGAUCAGUUUGAAAGGCCUCCUACAGGCCAUGGUUGCUUUGGAGCUUGAUUUUGACCAGGACAAGAUGAAGGGAGCUGGUCAGACAGACUCCUGUACUGAUGCUGCAACUACUCCAGUGUUGACCUCUAAGAACAGUGGCUCUAGCAAGAAGACAGGUCGACUCUCCAAGAGGGGACACCACUGAAUACCCUGCUGCAAAUAUGGGCCAUUAUUCUUUUUGCACUUGAAAUAUUUUGAUAAAGAUUUUGCUUAUG